AUGAUCUGUAAACAAUACCGUGAAUCGCAAGUUUACCAGUGCACGCGUUUCCUUUGUGACCAUGGAAUAAAAAUGUCGUCUACAGAUGAUUCAGAUCACUGCUCUCAGGAGCACGACGACACCCCGCCCCUCAUGUCUGAGAAGGACACAGAUGAGGAGGAUGUGGGCGAGAACAGCCCCGCUAGGCCUCCGCGAGCAAUUGGUGAGGAUGAGGAUGGCGUCACCGACCUCAUGAAGGCGGCCAAGCGAAACGACGUGGAUGCAGUGAAGCGCUACAUUCCUCAGCAGGCAAGGAUGGUGGCGAAGCUUGUCAGGGCAGGGAUGGUAGAGAUAUACGAGGGGACAGCCAUGAUGGUCGCCGCGGUGCUCGGACACGUUGAGGCGGUGAAGCUGCUGAUGAAGCACGAGCGUUGCAUGAGGAGUAACAAUGAGUACACGGCCCUCAUGUGGGCGACAGCCAACGAGCGUAUCGAGGUUGUGAGGCUACUCCUGGAUGCUGAGGGCUGCAUGGAGAGGGACAGGGGCUGGACUGCCCUCACAAUUGCAGCAUACUUUGGUUGUUUGGAGUGUGUCAAAUUGCUGUUGGAGAAGGAGAAGUACAUAAGCAGCAGGUCUGCUCUUUGCGUAGCUGAUAUGAACGGUCAUUCCAAAGUGGUGUCUCUUCUCAAGAGUGAAGGCGUUGGACUGGAGGAGCCCUGUCUACGGAUGCCGCCCAGAAAGCCCGUGAGUGAACGCGCCUAA